CCACGGGAGGCGUGAACAAGGCUGUUCGGGGAGGGGAGGCGGGGGAGGAGGAGGCAGUGGGAGAGGAGCAGCAGCAGGGGAGUGCGCACUUCAAGAAUCAGCCUCGCUCGGAUCUACACCCGCGACCACCUCGUCCACCUCCUCGCCUGAACCAUGCACGCUCUCGCCGCCAUCUGCGUGUUCGCGUUGGGGCUGACAGUUGCCGUGGCCGAGGACGCGACGUCCGUGGACGGAAAUCUUAAACAGCCCGAUAAGUUGACUUAUGACUACGAAACGCUGCGUAAGUGGGGGCUGUCCCUCGCUUUCAUCUUCUUCGUGGCCGGACUCCUCAUCGUGUUCAGUAAACACUGCCGCUGCAGAUUCCCGCAGGACAGGCACCGUGGAGAUCGCUCUGAUAGCCUCAUCCCAGCUCAGUCCACCGCCUGAUUCGUCCACGUGAGCGACGCAGGCCUCGUGCCACUAAGCAGAGACAAUCAGCGGAGGACAAAACCACCUUGCCAAACGAGAGGGGGGGGGCGGCACGGGGGGGCGGGGGAGUCUGCCCCCCACUCCCCCCUCCCCCCCACACUGCCAAACCGUCAUGGCGAGCCCCUGCAUCCGUGUCCCCCCACCCUUUAAGUGCCUUCGGUCCAGGGCUUAAUUUCACCCGGCACACCACGUCCAGAAUACCUAUCCUUGUUUACGGCCGUGGUUGUCUUUUUUCAUUCAUACGCACGUUAAGCCACUGCACACACACACACACACUGCACGCACCCGAUGGUUGGUAAACAUGGGGAGCUGGUGGACCCGCAGUCUACCUUCAGCGACCCAGAGAAUAUCUACGCACCCGGCACACCACGUCCAGUAUACCGGUCGUCGCAAUGGCUGUGCCGGAGCAGUGUGAACUCGAGCCCUGUAUAAGCCGCCUUGUAUUUAAAUGCUUUUGGUUUAAUUCGCUUUGUGUCGUUUAAUUUGUGAACGUUCGCUUCCUGUCAUCGUUUGCGAACGGCGAGACCGUCAGCCUUCACGUGAUGCUCAACAGCAUCAUCAUCACAAGUAUCAGCAUUACCAUCAUCAGCAUUAACGUCAUCACGAACGUCAUAAUCACAAACAUUAUCAUCAUCAUUGGAAACAACAAUAUCAGGGCUUCAUUUCAUCUCACCUGCCGCAUACCCCACCCUGAUCACCAUCACUACCGUCACCACCGUCACCAUCGUCACCAUCGUUACCACCAUCACCACCACCAUCAUCAUCAUCAGCAGUCCUGCCAACCCUGCCUGUGUGCCAGCUGUCAAUAAAGUGCAAGGUCACCAGA